CGCCGGCGAUGGGCCCCGCGGCGCGGCUGGCGGCGCUGCUGGCUGUCCUGGCGCUCCUGGCGGGGGACCCCGCGGGAGCCGCGGCGCGGGGGGAAACGUUCUCGGCGCUGACCAGCGUUGCGCGUGCCCUGGCGCCCGAGCGCCGGCUGCUGGUGCUGCUGCGGCGCUACCUGAGCGGGGAGGAGGCGCGGCUGCGGGACCUGACCAGAUUCUAUGACAAGGUGCUUUCUUUGCAUGAGGACUCGGCAACCCCUGUGUCUAACCCUCUGCUUGCAUUUACUCUCAUCAAACGCCUACAGUCUGACUGGAGGAAUGUGGUACAUAGUCUGGAGGCCAGUGAGAACAUCCGAGCUUUGAAAGAUGGUUAUGAAAAGGUUGAGCAGGACCUGCCAGCCUUUGAGGACCUUGAGGGAGCAGCGCGGGCCCUGAUGCGGCUACAGGAUGUGUACAUGCUCAACGUGAAGGGCCUUGCCCAAGGUGUCUUUCAGAGAGUCACUGGCUCCGCUGUCACUGACCUGUACAGUCCCAGACGGCUCUUCUCCCUCACAGCAGAUGACUGCUUCCAAGUUGGCAAGGUGGCCUAUGACAUGGGGGAUUACUACCAUGCCAUUCCAUGGCUGGAGGAGGCUGUCAGUCUCUUCCGAGGAUCUUAUGGAGAAUGGAAGACAGAGGAUGAGGCAUGUUUAGAGGAUGCCUUGGAUCACUUGGCCUUUGCCUAUUUUCAGGCCGGCAAUGUUUCCUGCGCCCUCAGCCUCUCCCGAGAGUUUCUUCUUUACAGCCCAGAUAAUAAGAGGAUGGCCAGGAAUGUGUUGAAAUAUGAAAAACUCUUGGCAGAGAGCCCCAACCAGGUGGUAGGUGAGGCUGUCAUCCAGAGGCCCAAUGUACCCCACCUGCAGACUAGAGACACCUACGAAGGGUUAUGUCAGACCUUGGGGUCCCAGCCUACUCACUACCAGAUCCCUAGCCUCUACUGCUCCUAUGAGACAAAUUCCAGCCCCUACCUGCUGCUCCAGCCCAUCCGGAAGGAGGUCAUCCACCUGGAGCCCUACAUUGUUCUCUACCAUGACUUUGUCAGUGACUUGGAGGCUCAGAAAAUUAGAGGACUUGCAGAACCAUGGCUACAGAGAUCCGUGGUGGCAUCAGGUGAGAAGCAGUUGCCAGUGGAGUACCGCAUCAGCAAAAGUGCCUGGCUGAAGGACACUGUUGACCCACUGCUGGUAACCCUUGAUCAUCGCAUUGGUGCCCUCACAGGCCUUGAUGUCCAGCCUCCCUAUGCAGAGUAUCUCCAGGUGGUGAACUAUGGAAUCGGCGGUCACUAUGAGCCUCACUUUGACCAUGCUACGUCACCAACCAGCCCACUGUACAGAAUGAAGUCUGGGAACCGAGUUGCAACAUUUAUGAUCUAUCUGAGCUCGGUGGAAGUUGGAGGAGCCACCGCCUUCAUCUAUGCCAACUUUAGCGUGCCUGUGGUCAAGAAUGCAGCACUGUUUUGGUGGAAUCUGCAUAGGAGUGGUGAAGGGGAUGGAGACACACUUCAUGCUGGUUGUCCUGUCCUGGUGGGAGAUAAGUGGGUGGCCAACAAGUGGAUACAUGAGUAUGGACAGGAAUUCCGCAGACCAUGCAGCUCAAGCCCUGAAGACUAAAAUGUUGGCUGAGAGAAACUGGUGGAGUCCUGUGGCUUUCUAGGGAAGCCAGAAGCUAAAAACCUAAGCUAGGAGCUACCUUCUGGAAGACAGCCUUGUAAGCAUUGCUUGUUCCUUGCAAAUGGGAGAUAAGGAAGUGGUCUGUAUCAGGGAACACAUGAAAAUGUACAUGGUUUCUCCUCAAGCCAUCACAGUCAGAUGGCUUGACACAAAUCCAUAGAAUGGAUGGGCAAUAUAAAGAAGGCAGCAAGAAGGCCAAAGGGAGAAAUUUCUGGGGUUCAGACUCUCUGUGCUGGAAACAGGAUUUGCCAACAGUCCCUGGGGUUUAGUCAAUGACAUUUCUGCCACUUUGAGUGCUGACCAUAGGGCCCCAGAAGUGGCAAUGAGGACACCUGCAGGAAGGGGCUAGCCUGACUCCCAUGGCUUUUUGCCCUUCUCUCCUCUGACUUCUGCUGAAGACUGAGCAGGGACUGUUUCUGUAACAGGAGUGUACCUCAUAUGAUUUUUUUUUUUAAAUGAAAUUUUCUUUUUUUAUGUGAUGAUUUUUUAAUACAGCCAUUAAAUGUGUUUAUAAAUCAUUUUUCACAACCAAGAAUAUUCUUACAUGAUAACACUGAGUAAAAACAAGUAUAUAUAUGAUUAUGCUAUAA